AUGCAUCGUUCACCUAUAGUCGUCGACUACGAGCCAAUCUCAUACGUCAAACUCACAAAGCGUUUCGGUCGCAAACUUCCCAGCUACAUAAAGAGUUAUCUCUGCAGCUUCUUUCCUAUCGUCACAUGGAUCCACAGAUACAACCUCACUUGGCUAUUGUCUGAUAUCAUCGCCGGCGUCACCGUCGGUAUUGUUGUCGUUCCACAAGGCAUGGGUUACGCCAAGAUUGCAGAAUUACCUCCUGAAUAUGGUCUCUAUUCAUCAUUUGUCGGUCUCGCUAUCUAUUGUUUCUUUGGCACGUCAAAGGAUAUCAGCAUCGGUCCCACAGCUGUCAUGUCACUCCUCGUUGGACAAACCGUGAUGCGUGUAGCUACACCUGAUUCAGGCUAUACGGGUCCCCAAGUAGCAGUUGCUAUGGCUUUAUUCGGUGGUAUCAUAGCAAUAGCUAUCGGCAUGGUGCGUCUUGGUAUUCUCGUUGACUUUAUUCCUGAACCUGCUAUUGCUGGAUUUAUGUCUGGUUCUGCCAUUACUAUUGCCAUUGGCCAAUACCCCAAGCUCUUCGGUAUGACGGGCGUAGAUACCCAUGACGCAGCCUAUUUGGUGUUUGGCAAUUUCUUCAAGCAUCUCCCUAACACGCAUUUGGAUGUUGCCUUUGGAUUGAUCGGCUUGUUCUUUUUGUAUCUCGUUCGAUGGGGCACCGGUCGAUUGUCACAACGAUACCCACGCUAUGAAAAAGUAUGGUUCUUUGCCAACAUCAUGCGUAAUGGUGUAUUGGUCAUCUUUGGCACCUUGAUUGCAUUCUUGAUCUCCAUUGGCAAGAGCGAAAGCCCUAUCAGUGUCCUUGAAGAUGUGCCUGCUGGUUUUACAGCUAUGGCUGUUCCCAAGGUGGAUGUCGAUUUGUUGUCACAGAUUGCAAGCACGCUACCAUCGGUUGUCAUUAUCCUUAUUCUUGAACACGUGGCUAUUGCAAAAUCAUUUGGACGCAAGAACAACUACAAAAUCAAUGCUGAUCAGGAGAUCAUCGCUAUCGGUGUCGCCAAUGUGAUUGGCUGCUUUUUCGGUGCUUACCCUAACACGGGUUCUUUCUCACGCACGGCCAUCAAGGCACGCAGUGGUGUACGCACACCCCUUGCAGGUGUAUUUUCUGCCAUCGUCGUAUUGCUAUGCUUAUACGCUUUGACACCAGCCUUUUAUUACAUCCCGGAUGCAAUCUUAUCAGCCGUCAUCAUCCAUGCAGUGUCCGAUCUUGUUUCUGGUCCCAAGUUUGUUCAACAUUUGUGGCAUAUCAACCCCCUCGAAUUGUUCACUUUCCUCGCAGCCAUUAUCGUCACCUUUUUCACAUCCGUCGAAUACGGCAUUUACGUAUCAGUUGGAUUGUCGAUCUUUAUCAUGUUGAUUCGUAUUGCUCGUCCACGAUAUGCAGUACUCGGUCGUGUUGCCAUCCAGCCAUUGAAUCAAAAAGAAAGCGAUGAAGAAACAUACGUUUACGUACGCGAGAAUCAUCCAACAUUGCAUGAUGUGGUUGAGCCACCACCACCUGGCGUGCUCAUCUUUCGAUUCGACGAGUCAUUGACCUAUCCCAACUCGAGCUUUAUUUCCGACAAGAUCAUGCACUAUGUUCAAGAUCACUUUACAUCGGGUGCACCACCCCCAACAACUAAGGGUGAACGUGCAUGGAACGAUCCAAGCCCCCUUGUCAAGAAAGAGGAAGUUGAAAAUGUGAUGGCUGAACGAGAAGCAUCAGGUCGUCGCUUACGUGCUAUCGUACUCGAUUUCUCAGCUGUCAAUCAUCUCGACUCAACAGGUGUACAAACAUUGCUCGAUUUACGUCUUGCCAUCAACCGCUAUUGUGGCUCUGAAAUUGAAUGGCACUUUGCCAGUAUUGCCACCCCCUUCAUUCGCAACUCGCUUAUCAUUGCCGGCUUUGGUAAACAAAAUGGUCGUGAAUCACAUCCCUUUGAGCUCGUGCCAAUUGUUCCAUCACACAGCAAAGAUCACAACACACAACACGUUGAUGACGACGCCACUGAUACUUCUUCCAUUGCCACCAACGAAGUCGUAUCCACAAACAACAACAACACAACACAAAACAUUGAAAAGCAAUCCAUGUACUAUUCCAUCAAACAAGUAUCGCUUGAUUCAAUCUCUAUGCGAUCGACACCUACUGCAUCCGGUCAAGACUUGGGUGAUGAAGAAGCCUCGAUUGCAUCAUCCAACAACAUGGAAAAACCCACAAGUGGGAUCAUCAACAUUAGCAAAAAUGGUGACGUGUCCUACUAUCCCUUGCUACAACGUGGUGUACCUUUGGAUCGAUAUCCUUUCUUCCAUUGGGACCUUGAAGAUGCUGUGCGUGCAGCCACCUAUGCCAGUCUCAAGGAGUAA